ACGGCGCACAGACGCUGCGCAUCGGUGCCACACUGAGCCACCUUUUUUUUCAUCCAAAGCUCCAAACGGGAUCCACUCUGAGAUUUCACACCUCUUUUUCCUGUUCUUUUAAAAAAAAAUUGCGUAAAUGCCUUCAUGAUCUUUUUUUAACCUUGUGUCUGCGUCGGCCAAUGGAGCUGUGUGAACUUGAGACAUGACGGGACGCGAGUGUCUCCUCUUGCCUUCAUCUCGUCGGCGCCUUCACCUUAACAGGUAGCCCGUGAGGGAGAGGACGGGACAGAAGAAGAAUAAAACAAACCGGGACGUGUAACGGGAGAUGUGCAUUGAUUUUCGGGACUCGUUCCUAAUGGAAGACACCGCAAACCACUGACCACCUGGCUGUCUGCUGGAGAGCUGAUCACCGCAAUCACCGCAGGUCGCACAGUUAGAUCCUGUUUAUUCCUGAAGUUCAAUGGGGGGAAAGGAACUGCGACAUAUGCAGCCUCUGAUUUACCCCAGUUUGUGCGACCAGCCGGUUUUCACCUGAAACCUGCUCCUGAGUCUGAUUACUCUGCUCGUCUCUUCCCUGGACCCAGAUCUGACUGAGAAGGAUAUCUUUACCAGAUUAAGCUCGCAGGCGCACAGGAUGAGAAGACUAUGAGCUGACUCACUCCAGUUUUUUCUCCUGAGCUGGAACGGAUUUUGGUUAAUCUGUGGAGGAUUCCUGUCGUCACAUUCAAGGAGUCACUGCCUGUAACAUCAGUAGCAUAGAAAGAAACUCCCGAGCUGUGCAGCCUGGAAGCACAUUUACACUAUCAUGGAUCUAAAAGACUAUUACCUGUUGGGCACCCUACUCGCCUGCAUAUGGCUCGAUCCUUCGAUAGCCCAAGAGCUAAUCUACCCUAUCAGAGAGGAGUUGCAAGAAAAUGUCCUCAUUGGAAACAUACCAAAGGACCUAAACAUAUCCCAUACAAAUGCUGCCACUGGAACAAGUGCUAAUCUGGUCUACCGGCUCGUCUCCAAAGCGGGAGAUAACCCACUGGUCCGUGUUCUGAGCAGCACUGGGGAGAUUUUCACAACAUCAAACCGAAUCGACAGGGAGAAGUUGUGCCCCGGUCCCUCAUUUGAGGACAGCGAGUGCUCUUUUGAAAUUGAAGUGGUCAUUCUACCUAAUGAUUAUUUCAGGCUGAUUAAGAUCAAAAUAAUCGUCAAAGACACAAAUGAUAAUGCCCCCAUGUUCCCGUCCCCUGUGAUCAACAUCUCUAUCCCCGAGAACACGCUCAUUAACAACCGCUUUGCUAUUCCCUCAGCCACUGACCCAGACACUGGCCCCAACAGUGUCCACAAAUAUGAGCUGAUCAAUGGGCAAAGUGCCUUCGGCUUAGACAUAGUAGAAACGCCUGAGGGGGAGAAGUGGCCCCAGCUCAUUGUGCAGCAGAAUCUGGACAGAGAGCAGAAGGAUACAUAUGUAAUGAAGAUCAAGGUGGAGGAUGGUGGCAGUCCGCAGAAAUCCAGCACUGCCAUUCUACAAGUAACAGUAACAGAUGUCAAUGACAACAGACCGGUGUUUAAAGAGAAUCAGAUAGAGGUGCACAUACCGGAGAACUCCGCCAUUGGCACGUCUGUUGUGCAGCUUCUGGCCACAGAUGCAGACGUAGGGGCAAAUGCAGAGAUACGUUAUGUAUUUGGGACUCAGGUGUCUCCUGCUACAAAAAGACUCUUUGCAUUGAAUACAACAUCUGGCCUAAUUACAGUGCAGAGACCCCUGGACAGAGAAGAGACAGCUAUACAUAAGCUCUCUGUUUUAGCCAGUGAUGGCAGCUCCAGUCCUGCCAGAGCUACUGUCACCAUAAAUGUGACUGAUGUUAAUGACAAUCCACCUAAUAUAGACCUGAGGUACAUAAUCAGUCCCAUUAAUGGCACUGUUUUCCUGUCGGAGAAGGAUCCCAUCAAUACUAAGAUAGCACUCAUCACAGUGUCAGACAAAGACACCGACAUUAACGGCAAGGUCAUUUGUUUCAUCGAGAAGGAUGUGCCCUUCCAUCUCAAAGCUGUGUACGACAACCAGUAUCUGUUGGAGACAUCCGCGCUGCUCGACUAUGAAGGGACCAAGGAAUACAACUUUAAAAUUGUAGCGUCAGACUCCGGGAAACCGAGUUUGAAUCAGACUGCCUUGGUCAGAGUGAGGCUGGAGGAUGAGAAUGACAACCCACCUAUUUUUACUCAGCCAGUCAUUGAGCUGGCUGUUAUGGAGAACAACAAACGUGACCUGUUCCUCACUACGCUCAGCGCCACAGAUGAGGACAGCGGCAAAAACGCAGAGAUUGUUUAUCAGCUAGGACCGAACGCGUCGUUCUUCGAUCUCGACCGCAAAACAGGGGUGCUGACUGCGUCGAGGGUUUUUGAUCGGGAGGAUCAGGACAGGUUUCUCUUUACUGUAACGGCAAGAGAUAACGGGACCCCCCCUCUGCAAACACAAGCAGCUGUUAUUGUAACUGUGCUGGAUGAAAAUGAUAACAACCCCAAGUUCACACAUAACCACUUUCAGUUUUUUGUGUCUGAGAAUCUACCUAAAUACAGCACUGUGGGUGUGAUAACUGUGACAGAUUCAGACGCUGGAGAAAACGCUGCUGUUUCUCUCUCCAUCCUGAAUGACAAUGAGAACUUUAUAUUGGAUCCUUACUCCGGGGUGAUAAAAUCCAAUGUGUCAUUUGAUAGGGAGCAACAGAGCUCCUACACUUUUGAUGUCAGGGCUGUGGACAGUGGCAGGCCCCCUUGCUCCUCAGCUGCCAAGGUGACCAUCAAUGUCAUUGACGUGAACGACAACACCCCCAUCGUCAUCUACCCCCCCUCCAACACAUCUUUCAAGCUUGUUCCGCUCUCCUCGAUCCCUGGAUCUGUGGUAGCAGAAGUGUUCGCUGUUGACGGGGAUACUGGAAUGAACGCAGAACUCAAAUACACAAUUGUGAGUGGAAACAACAAAGGUCUGUUCAGAAUUGACCCCGUCACAGGGAAUAUUACUCUGGAGGAGAAGCCAGCGGUGACUGACAUAGGCUUACACAGAUUAGUGGUCAAUAUCAGUGAUCUGGGAUAUCCUAAAUCGCUCCAUACUCUGGUGCUGGUGUUUCUGUACGUCAAUGACACUGUGGGGAACUCAACUCUCAUAUAUGAUCUCAUCCGACGCACGAUGGAAACCCCAAUAGACCGAAACAUAGGGGAAAGCAGCGAAACUUAUCAAAGUGGUGACUAUUUAACCAUCAUGAUAGCCUUUGUCACUGGCGCCUUUGUGGUGAUCAUUGUCAUCUUUGUCACUGUGCUGCUGCGCUGUCGCCAUGCAUCGAGGUUUAAAGCUGCACAGAGGAAAAAACAGGGAGCUGAGUGGAUGUCGCCCAACACGGAGAACAAGCAGAACAAAAAGAAAAAGCGCAAAAAAAGGAAAUCCCCUAAAAGUUCCCUGCUCAACUUUGUCACCAUUGAGGGGAACAAACCCGACGAUCCUGCCCACGAGCCAAUCAACGGAACCAUCAGCUUGCCAACCGAGCUGGAGGAGCAAGGGAUUGGACGCUUUGAUUGGAAUGCCACACCUACCACCACCUUCAAACCCAGCAGUCCCGACCUGGCCCGGCACUACAAGUCUGCCUCGCCACAAUCGGCCUUCCACCUCAAGGCUGACACGCCGGUGUCGGUGAAGAAGCAUCACGUGAUUCAGGAGCUCCCAUUGGAUAACACAUUUGUCGGGGGUUGUGACACCCUUUCCAAGAGGUCCUCCACGAGCUCCGACCACUUCAGUGCCUCAGAGUGCAGCUCCCAAGGAGGGUUCAAGACGAAGGGCCCCAUGCACACCAGACAGCAGGCAAUCAAUCAAGUUGACAUACUGGCUCCAUAUUUAUUCGAACAUGGCACGACGAUGGAAAAAAAGAACUAACGACAAAAUGCAGCUUAAAAACACUCGAGGACAACAUCGCUUCUGGAUUCCCUCAGAUUUACCUCAAAUAUAAAGAGUAGAGGGUGGAAGAAAAUGUUUCUUGACUGCUUGCUUGUCUACAAAAAAACAAAUAUGAUAUUAAAAAAAAGAUGAAGUUAUGAUGCUACUUCAUUGUUUGAAUGCCCCCUCCUCACCCCCACUCCCAACAACCCAUCUCCCCUCUCCGCUCCUCACUCGGCCCCUCCACCCUCUCCCCUUGUCCCCCUCCUGCCCCGGUCCCGUCUCCGGCCCACACCUCUCAGCCAUGUUUUAUCGGGGUCAGUGCCGCUACAUGCAAUGUUAAAUCACAGAGGGUGUGAUCUGCUUUGUGUUCUGAUCAUUUGUGACAGAUGAGGGUGCUUUGUGUUCAGCACGUAGUCACACUUUCUUUCCUGCUAACCGUCCACUCCCCCCUUUAUCAUUAGCGAGAAAUGUGUGUGUGUGUGUGAAAGACAGGCAAAGUGGUGCUGUAUGUCCUGACAUGACAACCCCAGAGGGAGACGUGUCCUUGUCAUUGGGUUGUUGUGUCAAGUGACACACAGGCUGCUGCUCUGUCACUAGCGUGUGCCAGUGUCUAAACUAAUAGUUGUGAUAAUGGCAUUGCCAGCCAAAACCGCCCUCCAGCAAAGAGCCGCACUUGACUUGAAAUGUGACUGCCAUUGACUGCUCUGCCACUGGGCCCCAUAGCCCACAAAGACUCUGUAACCCUCAUCGAUGUAAAUCUUUCCUGUAUAUAUGCGAUGUUUCAUGUAAAUUGAACUCCUGGUAAUCUUGCCUAAUGUGCUGUGUUAAACAAUAAUGAACUUGUUUUCAUUCUUUUUAUUUAUUUGCCCCCUGCUUUCUCCUUCUCUUUUUUUUCAUUGCUGGGUAUACAUAAAUUACAUCUGAAAUAAACUCUGCCAAUUAUUCCGUACAAUGCAACUCCUAUUCUGUCUUUAAAAGCUUUAUUUGAACAGUGCUAUUCUACCUUUAUAAUUUCAUAAUAAA